GUCUUUUUUCUUUUCUUAUUUUCUUCUCUCUUUUUUUAAAAAAACAAAUUCUUCGUAAAUGGCGACGGAGGACACCAAACUCCUCCUCCUUCUCCUCCUCCUCCUCUUCCUCCUAUCUUCUUCGUCUUCACCAUUCUCCGCGAUCUCACUUUUCUUCUCCAGUUGUUGAGUUUGUCAGUUAAUUACACGGCGAUGAUAUUUAGGAAGGACUAAGAAAUAUAAUUAGAGAGAGAGAGAAAAGGAGGAUUUUUUUGGUGUAGAUGUCUGGUGGAGAGAGAGAGGAGAAGCAAUGGAAAUGUGGAAAAGCGAUAUCGGUGGUGAAUUUACAGAGAGUAGGAACAAUGGUGAAGGAUAUGAGAGAGCCUUGUCUUUCUCAAUCACCUAUAAAGGUUGUUAUAACUGUAAGCAAAAUGCUUAAGCCGGAGAAAUGGGAGUCGACUUUUGAUAGUAAUGGAAAGGUUUCGGGUUUUCGGAAAGCACUCAAGUUGAUAGUUUUGGGGGGUGUGGAUCCAUCUAUUAGGCCAGAAGUUUGGGAAUUUCUACUUGGCUGUUAUGCACUGGGAACCACUUCCGAGUCCCGGAGUCAGCUUAGGACAGCGAGGAGGGAACGGUACAAAGACCUCAUUGAACAAUGUCAAACAAUGCAUUCAAGUAUAGGAACCGGUGCCCUUGCAUUUGUUGUGGGGUCCAAAGUUAUGGAUAUGAGGACAUCAUCCAAGGAUAAUGGGUCAAGGGAAGCUACAGUCAAAAGUAGACGAACUUCUGUAGAUGCUAUUAACAUAUUAGAGAAUUAUAGUAAUUGGAAUAAUAACUGUACAGAUACAGCAUGCACAUGUGCCAGGGAAAGUUCUAGUGAUUCUGCUGGGCUUGUCAGUGUGAGGGGAAGCUCAGAUAGUGCAGCAUGUGAUUCUUGUUUUAUACCUUCUUCAGGCCCGCUCAAUAGUGGUUCCUCAAAAGGAGGUGGAGAGGCUUAUGGAUCAGAGUAUGUAGCAGAGAGUUAUUUUGAUUUUCCUCCUUUACCUGUCACUGAUUUGUUUGACAAGAGAGAAGAUAAGAAAGAAAGUUGUGUGCAUGAUGACAGACCACCUACACAAAGAAAAUUGAGAUUUGAAGAUGACAGGAUGCACAGUUUUCAAAUUAAUAAUAAUGUAGAUUUAAUUAUGGAAUCCCUUGGGGAACCAUCUAACCAUACUUCAUCUCAGAAGAAAUCUGAAAUUGAAUUAGUUCACCAAGAGGACCAUGUACCGGUAUUACAGUCCAACAAUCUGGGUUAUGAGAAAGGAAUAGUGAACAAAUUGAGAAUAGUGGAUGUUCCUGACACACCAUUGUUAAAUGCAACAUCCAAUGGAGGGGCUGCUGGUGUGGGCAGUGUGUCCGAAUGGCUCUGGACAUUGCAUCGAAUAGUUGUUGAUGUUGUAAGAACAGAUACGCAUCUUGAAUUCUAUGAGGAUAAGAGAAAUUUAGCUAGGAUGUCUGAUAUCCUUGCUGUCUAUGCAUGGGUUAAUCCAGCUACUGGUUAUUGUCAAGGCAUGAGCGAUCUGCUGUCUCCUUUUGUUGUUCUCUUUGAGGACAAUGCUGAUGCAUUUUGGUGCUUUGAGAUGCUUCUACGGAGAAUGCGAGAAAAUUUUCAGAUGGAAGGACCAACUGGAGUCAUGAAGCAGUUGCAAGCAUUGUGGCAUAUCUUGGAACUCACAGACAAGGAAAUGUUUGCACACCUAUCACGUAUAGGUGCUGAAAGCCUCCAUUUUGCAUUCCGGAUGUUGAUGGUUCUCUUCCGCCGAGAGUUAUCUUUUAGUGAAGCUCUUCGGAUGUGGGAGAUGAUGUGGGCUGCUGAUUUUGAUGAAUCUGUCGUGUGUGAUUUAGAGGAGAAUUGUCUGGAGGCACUGGUGCUCAAUCUUCCAAGGGAUUCUGGAGGAGAUAUAAGAGAGGAAAGCGUUGAAAAUAGUGAUGGUAGUUCAAGAGAUGGUUCACAAUCAAAGCAUGGACAUGUUGAGCACUCUUCGUCUGACAACACUGGAAUAAAGUCUGCAUCAACUUAUCACUUUUGUGGUUUCACAAGGAAUUUUUGGUCAAGAAAUUACCACGUGCAGAUUAACACCAACAUGAUCUCAUCAACUAAGAAUGGGGAUGAUGAAUUACCUGUUUUCUGUGUUGCGGUUAUUCUCAUCAUGAACCGUCAAAAAAUAAUAAAAGAAACUCGUUCGAUUGAUGAUAUGAUAAAGAUUUUCAAUGAUAGGCUGCUCAGUAUACAUGUUAAAAGAUGCAUAAGCGCAGCAAUUAAACUGCGGAAGAAAUAUUUUUACAAGCUGAUGAAAAGCAAGACCCAUGGAGUCCAGAAUGGUGAAUAGUACUGCCUUUUUUAGUAUAGAUUUCACUGACAGAAGCACCAUGUUGGCACUUGGAGAUGGUAGCAGUAGUCUGGGAUGCUGAGUUUGAGCAUGGCUCAACAACAUUUUGUUACUUGGAUCAUUUAUGAUGGAGUUGUUUAAAGAAAAGUGCUGUUGCCAUUCAAAGAUAUUGUUCAGUUGAUUGUACUUUCAUUAUCAAAAGGUGCCAGCAAGAUCAACUUUGGUGCAUCCAGGUUCUUAUUAACUGCUAUGAUACUUCUCACAGGUUAGGUGAACGGAUUUUUUCUUUCUUCUUUUCCAUAGAUCAUUAUACCAUAUAUUUAGAGAGCAUGUUAUUGUAAAAAAAAAAAAAGUUGUUAGAGAGGGAUCAAAUUGUGUGUUGUCAAUUUUGAUUUCCUUGUUCUUUUUUCAAAUGGAGUUUAAAAUGAAAACUAAAAAUUAUUGAAAGUGACCAACAAUUGCAAUUGCCUAAAUGCAAUUGACGAGUUCUUAAACUUGAGCUGGAGUUGUGUAAUUAAAUGUGUGGAAAGAUUUUUUUUUUUUUUUCAGGCACUUAUUUGUAUCCUCAAUCCUUGACACAACAAUAUCAUUUAAUUGAAAAUAUUUUUAUGAUGACAAA